GACCCCGUGACCCGCUGCUGGUGGAAGCGAGCAGAGGAAACUCUCCCAUCAAAGACGACAAGCAGGCAGCGAUUUGUAAAAGUUUAAAGGACCAAACUCUGUUGUAAGCCACAGCUUCGAGGAACAAGACAAGGCGCUUCGGGUCGCGCUGCUGGACGCGGAUCCCCCCCCCCAAAAAAAACAACAACAACAAAGAGACAAAAUGACGGCGGCGGUGUUUUUCGGCUGCACCUUCAUCGCCUUCGGCCCAGCCAUCUCUCUGUUCCUGUUUACCAUCGCCCGGGAUCCGCUGAGGGUUAUUUUCCUCAUAGCAGGAGCGUUUUUCUGGCUGGUGUCCCUGCUGCUGUCGUCUCUGGUGUGGUUCAUCUCGGUUCAGAUCAGUAAUAAGGACAGUGCGGCACAGCAGAAAGGCCUUCUCAUCUUCGGCGUGAUACUGUCCGUCCUGCUGCAGGAAAUCUUCCGCUUUGCUUACUACAAGCUGCUGAAGAAAGCAAAUGAAGGCCUCCUCACUCUCAGUCAAGAGGAAACCAUGCCGAUCUCCAUACGGCAGCUGGCCUACGUGUCCGGCCUUGGCUUCGGCUUCAUGAGUGGAGCGUUCUCGGUGGUGAACAUCCUGGCUGACUCUGCAGGGCCGGGGACUGUGGGGAUCCAUGGAGACUCGCAGCACUACUUCCUGUCCUCAGCCUUCAUGACGAUGGCCAUCAUCCUGCUUCACAUGUUCUGGGGCGUCGUCUUCUUCGAUGCCUGUGAGAAGCAGCGCUGGUGGGCGGUGGCUGCUGUCGUUAUUAGCCACCUCGUUGUGUCCUGCCUGACCUUCCAGAACCCCGAGUAUGUCGGCAGCCUGGUUCCCACCUACGUCAUCUUGUUCUUGAUGGGCGUGUGGGCUUUUUACUGUGCCGGCGGUUCGCUCAGGAACCUCAAACUCUGCCUCACCUGCAAAGACAAGGACCUCCUGCUUGCCAACCACCGGCCCAGAUAACGCAGCACACCCGGCGGUGUGCAGGACUCUAUCCAAAGAUUACGAGUUCACACACACACACACACAUACACACACACACACAUCUCCUGAACACAACAAAGACCUAACCUCUCUGUUAAUCUGCUGUCUCACUUAAGAGGAAUUUUAGUAUCCUAAGUAUAAGAACAUAAAAGUGGAAGCAAUGAAUGUUUCUCAAAUGAAAAGAAACAAAGAAGGGAGAUCAUUUUGAUUCACACCCAGCUCAGUUUGUUUGUAUGGAUUUAAUUCACGUUUAAUGAUGAGUUUGUAUUAAAAAAUACAAAAUAUAUGUCGGGCUAAAAGUGUCCCGUUUGUUUCUUGAUACUCUAAAAGAAACAGGUGAACAAACGUACAAAAGGUAGAAAAGGUGGGGACACUCUCCACAUUCUGUAAAUAUUCUAAUGUUUUCAACAUUUCAGACAGAUAUCUUCUUUCAAAUGUGUCAAAUCAUUCAAACGGUGGAUUUACCAUUUAUCAACAAAACUCUGUGUAUAUAUUUCUGCAUUUUUAAUUCCCAGGAUGUGUAGAUAGUGAGAAGUUUUAAUCUUUUUAUUUUACUUUAUCGUUAGUCUGUGUAAGAACUUGCCUUUGAUUUGAAAUCACUUUUACAGAAGCUGAGAGGGGAACAUGACUGGUAUCUAUUUGUUUUUAUCCCAAUUAUGUUGAGGUCUCGACUUCAUUGCCUCUGCAGGCCAUAGAUUAGGGCAAAAUAAUCUAAUUGUGAUUUUUUUUAUUUUUUU